AUGCAUCUGGAAGCGAUCAACGAAAACCGCCUACCCUCUUUGUAUUCCGAUUUCACACCCCAGAAGAAAACAAACCCCGAUGGCUACGCUGUUAACGUUGCCGCAUGGGAACAGGCUUUGAACCGAGCCGCAAAGCGCGGCUACACAUCAUCGCGCGGCGUGCGAGUACGCUCCGCAUCGAGCGGUUCGAAAAAUGGCACUACGCCUAUCAAGCGAAAGAAGACAGAUCAUCUUAUUCUGAGGACGGAUGAUUCGCUCCUCCGUGAUCUAGAGAGUUCUGAGUGGGGAAGACCCGCUGCGCUGGGGACCGUUUUUGACGAGGCGGUGCGCAAGAAUUCAAUGAUCCCGAUAACGAUUUACAAGACCACUCCUGGACUUCUGCAGAAGAAGAGCCAAUGGAGAGUCAUCGAUCCUGGGGCUUUGAGUCCGUGGAACGUCAUGAGUUGGGGCGUCCGGCAGUUGAAGGGCUUCGUGGUAGCGGAAAGCGAUUCGGCACCCAAAUUGCAAGUGCGGGAGUUGGUUUUGGUCGAGAAUCUACAAGAAACGGCGGACCGAACUCUCAAGAAAGCCACAGGCGGGACUUCAUCGAAGUUGGAUCUCAUUCUCUCCAAGGAACAAUUUUCGGAGGAGUUCUCUAAUAUAUUGAACGACACCACGGAAUUGUCUGAUUCGGAUCUUGAGGUCCUAUUAAUCUAUUUGUCUCGCGACAGUGGGUCUAUCGCAUACGAUGGCAAGACUAUCAAGUUCAAGUCUCCAGAUGAAAAUGGAGAAAUCACACAACAGGACACGACGAUCGCAUCCAUCAAGACCUUAGUGUCGACCAUGUCGAAGCAGGUUGCAACUCUGGAGGCUAAGAUUGCCGAGCUUAACGAAUCUGCGAAGGCGGCCCUUGCGAACAAGAACCGCAUCUCCGCCCUAUCGGCCAUUCGCUCCAAAAAGAUGGCCGAACAUAACCUCCAGCAGAGAUUCGACACCUUGAUGCGACUUGAAGAAGUCUACGCCAAGAUCGAACAAGCCACAGGCCAAGUGAACAUGGUACAAGUCAUGCAAGCAAGUACUGACGUGCUCCGUGGUCUGCACACUCAGAUUGGCGGUGCCGAAAGGGUCGAGGACAUCGUGGAAGGAUUACGCGAAGAGAUGACCAAGGUGGAUGAGGUCGGCAGUAUCAUGAAUGAGGCUGGUCCAGUCAUUGAUGAGGGAGAGAUUGACGACGAGCUUGCAGCUAUGGAGAAGAGCGACAAAGAGGCCAGGGAGAGGGAAGAAGCUGGGGCCAUCGAGAAAAGGCUGGCCGAACUGGACAGCGUCAAGCAAGCUUCUGCCGAAGCUGCUCGCCAGGCACAGGCAGAUCAAAAUGUGGACUCGGCACUGGCCGACAAUAUUGAUCGGCUCUCCAACAUGUCUGUCGAGGAUCCGAUGCCAGCAAAGUAA